GCAUGUCUCACGAAUACGUCUUUCCACGUAAUGCACGAACUUUAUAAGUUUAUAACUUUGACCUCCACAUACCCGUGAAAAGAAUCAGCUGGAAGGAGAUCAAAAUGGCAGGUCUUAUGUUCAGCCUUGUCGCACUCCUCCUGGGAUUCAGUUGUUCCUUGGCGAGGAUUCCAGAUGGGUAUGUUAUGCUAGUGACUCCUGAAUGUGGCCCAGAUGGAAUACAGGACGGUCGGGUGAAGGUCACCACAGAUCUGCGAGCCGAGGCCAAGGCAGUCUGCCGGGACAACAAGGAAGUGGCCUUCACCAAGGCCGAGCAAGGCGUGAACUUGGAAAUACCCAUUUCCUACGCUCAAUCCGGCAGCAGUCCCUGCAAAUUUCAAAAACGCAAGGACGCCAGGGUGUACGUUCUGAAAGUGCUGGUGGCUUGGGGCGAGCCGGGAAAUCCAAUCCAUUCUGACGAGGAAGAGUUCUUCGUCACCUGCACCUUUGACGACAACGGGAAUCAGAUUUCUCCCAAUCAAACUGUGGAUGAAAGUCUAGUUGCACCACUGGAAAUCCAGACCCAUGCUGGAAAGAAAGCCGUGUCCACCUUUUCACUGGUUUUGACGGAUGUUCUUGGAGCUCAUCUGACCAACAAGAAUGUGCCUUUGGGCAGGAAGGUUGUCCUGACGGCAUCUACGGACGGCAAGAAUAAUGAAAAGGGUCUUCGGCCUGAUGGAUGUGAUGCAAUUGGCACCUUGACCGGCAGAAGAUACGCAAUUCUACGAGCUGGCUGUGGCGAUGGCGUGGUUUUCUCGCAGAAACAAGGCUUCGUGUCCAAUGGGCUUACAUCAAUGAGUCCAUACUUCAGCGCCUUUGACAUGGCUGGCGAGCCAUCCAUUCGCUUUGAGUGCAACUUUACAUUAUGCGAGAAAGUAUGCAAUGGGAGUUCCUGCGCGAACGAAAGACGCCGUAGAUCAGAAGAUGACGACGACGACGACCAUCCACGUCUAAUUUUCAGCGAUGAUCCGGGACUAUCAUGGUAUGACCUCCGUGACAGCAGCAACGACCUCGUCUUCUGGGCGUUUUUGCUCGGGAUAGGAAUAGUGACGCUGAUAUCAGUGGGUGUAUCCGUCUGUGCCCUGACAAGACGCAGGUCAAAUUUACAAGUUGUCGCUGCCUAAUGAAUAAAUACUGAAAAGUU